AAAAGACUUAGCUACCCCACUUUUUCCCUUUUCUUCCUAUUUAUUACCCUUCUUUAUCUCACUCAUCAACCUUUCCCUCUAUCUUAUUUAAAUCUCCACACAACAGGAAUGCUUUUCUCCAACACGUUAAAUUUACCUUCACUACCUCAAACCUCUCUCCAACACCAACAACAAUGGCAACAAAAUCCUUAGCCUGCUCCUUGCUUUUGGGGAUGGCUUGUUCCAUAGUAAUUGGUGCAUAUGAAGAGAGCUUGUAUCCUAGGACUAUUUCCAGUGACAAUUAUCAUGAAGCAAUACAACGUUUGCAGUCAUUUAAGUCCUCUCUAACUACACGUGAUUCCAUUGCUUCUGCACCAUCUUCCUCAUCAUCCUUCUCAACCCUUUCUGCUCCUGCUCCUGCUCCUUCUCCUCUCUCACUUCAGGGAGUGAACUAUCCACGUGUGUACCAUGUAACAUCUUAUGGUGCAGACCCAACGGGUAGUUCAGAUAGCACCGAAGCACUCCUUGCAGCCAUAGAAGAUGCAGCCAAGGGUCCCAGUGAAGGAUAUUUGAUGCAAGGCAUCAAAAACCUUGGAGGUUCCCGGAUUAAUCUCGAGGGUGGAAAUUACUUGAUCAGCCAGCCACUGCGGUUGCCGGUGGCCGGAGUGGGGAACCUUAUGAUACAUGGGGGCACGAUAAGAGCCUCAGAUGGUUUUCCAGCAGAUGGCUAUAUCAUUGAUUUGUCACCCUCUUCCAAUGAAGGAAACACAGAGAGUUCUUCACAUUCCUACAAUUUUGAGUACAUAACUCUCAAAGACCUCUUGUUGGAUUCAAACUUCAGGGGAGGAGGCAUUUCAGUCAUAAACUCACUUCGGAUUAGCAUAGACAAUUGUUACAUCACACAUUUCACCACCAAUGGAAUCUUAGUCCAAAGUGGCCAUGAAACCUACAUCAGAAACAGUUUCCUUGGUCAGCACAUAACUGCUGGUGGGGACAAAAACGAAAGAAACUUCUCAGGCACAGGAAUAAACCUCCAGGGUAAUGACAAUGCUGUCACAGAUGUUGUAAUUUUCUCUGCUGCUAUAGGAAUAAUGGUUACUGGUCAAGCCAAUGCCUUUUCUGGUGUACAUUGUUACAACAAGGCCACUGGCUUUGGAGGCACGGGGAUUUAUUUGAAACUACCUGGAUUAACACAAACUAGAAUUGUGAAUUCUUACAUGGAUUACACGAAUAUUGUGGCUGAAGACCCUGUUCAGUUCCAUGUUUCUAGUUCUUUUUUCCUCGGUGAUGGCAACAUUGUCCUAAAGUCUAAGAAUGGGGUUAUAAAAGGUGUUGAUAUUGUUGAUAACAUGUUCUCAGGUUCAGAUCAUGGCGUUGAAAUUGUUCAGCUGGACCAAUCCAAUAAUCCUUUCCAUCAAAUUGAACAAGUUACUGUUGACAGAAACAAUGCAAGAAGGAUGAAGUUGAAGGCCACAGUUGCAAAAGGGUCCAUGCAAGGGAAUGGAACCUCAUGGACCGUUGAUUUUAACAAUGUUUUGCUUUUUCCUAACCUUAUAAAACAUGUUCAGUACUCUCUAAGCACCCCUGGCAGCACCUUCCCGAAUCAUAUUCUAAGGAAUGUGUCUGAGAAUCGUGUUGUGAUUGAAACAAACGAAGCAGUUCCUGCCAGUGUUUUUGUUACGGUGGAUCAAAGUGAGACAAGUUGAAGAAGGUUGAAAGCUGGUGACCAAAAAUUUUGGUCAAGAGUCUUGGCUCAAGAGGGAAUUGUGCAUACCUUAGUUGUGAACUUUUUCUUUCUUUGGAUCAAUUUAAAGUAAUAGUACCAUAUACUGAACACUGCUAUAGGUUUAGAAGAUUCAAAUAGACUCAGUCACACAUUAUUAUAUUGUAAUUGAAUGAAAAGCAUUCCAUAGAAGAUAUACUUUUUCAACAGUUUGUUUUUUUAAAACUAGGCCCAGGUUGAAUCAGUAUUUGUUUUUUUUUGAGAACUUUAAAAGAAAAGGAAAGGAAGAAUUCAGCUAGGAUUUAAUUUUGAUUCACACUGUUGAUAUAAAAAACUCAUUUAACGAUUCCAUCAAAAGUUUUACGGUGUGUAAUGAUAACAGAAUCUAAAAAUUUUAAUCGCUUGAAAGUAGGCUUAGAAAAAAGUUACAAAAAUGUUCUUAGACGAAAAUUUAAACUAUUUUUCUAUUUAAACGUAAGUUCCAAAAAGCUCAAAAGAAAGACUGUGAUGGCUACCAACCAAUGGUUCAUGAUCUUAGCCCCAUUUUUUGUUCUGCACCCUAAGAAAAGUCUCAUCUCUCUUUUGGUACACUAAUACAUAAAAAAUUAAAUAUUGUAUGUGCCAAUCUGGGAAAUAAAUUUUGAAUUGGGCUGAUCUAAAAGAAAAAAAAAAAUUUAACUGGGCUGAUAUUUAUAUUUGCACCGUCUGCCUUUUUUGUAACUUUUUUUAAAAAAAUGCUUCUUUAUGAAAAUUAAUUUUAUAUUAAAUAUAACUACUGGGUAAAAACUAGUUUCAAAAUGUGGAAUCAAAAUAUUUUUGAAAUGGUGCCAUCUAAAAAUCUGAAAACAAUUAAUCUUUUUCAAGAACCCAUACAUGUGCAUAAAAUAAAGCACGGGGGAAGGAAGAAAUUCUUAUACUAUUUUGGCCAUAUGUUUGACCCACAAACAUGCAAGACAAACAACAUUUUCAAACAAAACUAGAAUAGUACAUAUAACACAAUUCCAAAUGACUCACAAAGUGACCUAUAUAAAACAUUGGAUUGACUCAAGAAAUGGUGCUCCCUCUAUAUAUGUUUCCUUGUAGAAGUUGGGAGAUCAUGGAUUUGAAUACUGCGCCAGUCUUUCCCUUCCUCUUAAAAGAACCAUGAUUUUGCGUUUGGUUGUUACCUUGGAAAUUUAAUGUGACAUUGCAACCUAUGCAACGUGUAGAAUGUGGAGGAACAGGUUAUAGAACUAGAAAACACAGCUCCAUUUGAGGUCUUAGAUUGUGGGUUUAAUGUUAGAAUGAAGUUGGACGUGACAUGAUAACCAUCUGGUGUGAGAAACCAAACAUGCACCUAACUUGAUCGUGUCAUGUAUUCAGAACUAGAAAAGAGGGUUCUCCUUGGAGUCGAAGCAAGCAAGAAUAUUGGAAAAGUCCUUCACACCUAUCGCUCCUUCCAUGACGUCU